UCAUGGAAUUAUUGAGCAACGAAUACCACUUGGUCGGCCCCGUUGUCAAAUCGACGAAACGGAAUGGUUGUUCCUUGGAUUGCACUGGUCGCAUGACAGACGACGCGUCGAGAAGACGGAAAAGCUUCGAUGAUCGAAGAAAUGGCGCGCGAUUUUCUAGGAGAUAUCCUCGUCAAGAUUCAAGAGAGUCGCGUGCCGAGCUUCUGAGAACUUCUACUGUCGAUCUCCCUGAGGAUUUGGAACCCGUUUUUCAUUCAACUGGUAUAUCAGCCGACGAAAGAGACAACGCGGACCGUCGCGACAUCGGGAUGAAACAACGUAACGAUCACGAGGAACCGAUUCCCGGGCCUUCCAGAGAAUUCUUGAGGACUCCUUCAUUAGCUCCAGAUAGAAAUGCGAAGAAAGCUCGAGUGGAAGAUCGAGGAGUACAACUCGCGGAUGAGAAAGACGAUGAGACCACGACGGAAGAGGAUGUAGACUGCACUUGUGACAUCGAAGCUGUUACCCGUGAUGAACAUGCGAGGAUUUGUCCUGGUGAUCGUCCUCGCGUCAUCAGGAAUCAACGGAAUGGUCGUCGUCGCGACGUCGUUGAAGAGGUUGAAGAAGACGAAGGGGAACAGAUGGAAGAACAGGAUGUAGAAGACGAAGGGGAAAGGGUACAAGAAGAGGACGAAGGCGAUGAGGAAGAUAGUGUGUACGAAGAAUUGAGGGCCCGAGUUCCCCAUAGAAGACCUGCGGCACGUGAACGAGAGCUAAGAAGGUGGAUCCGGCGAUGUCGUCAAGAAUGCGAACGACGCGGACGAAGAAGGCAAUAAUGCGCAUCAGAAUUCAAGAGCGUUGUAUAAAUACAAUUUUAAGAGCUUGAGAAAAUAAAUCUUAUUACUCUCUUAGCAUGACAACUGUCAUAAGUUACGACAUGGAAAUAAAAUUAAUUCGCAACUCUAAGAUUCGACUUUCCUAGUUUCUUAAAGAUGUUAGAAUUAAAAAUGAAAAGUUUUAUGUAAAUUUUUUUGUCCAAUUUAUAAGAAUUUUGCGUUGUUAUUUUAAUAAUAAUUUGUUGCCCCUCAUAAGUAAAAUACGCUUGUGUUAAAUUUUAAAUUAAAAUCGACAGAAAUAAAAAUAUAAUUUUUUUUACCGAUUUUAUCACGUAUAUUUUGAUUAUAAUAUGUAAUUAUUUUUAUUUAAAUAUUUAAGUAUAAAAUUAAAAAAAAUAACAUUGCAAAAAUCACAAACUGUGUCACAUUAUUUUUUCGACGAUUGAAUUUGUUAUGAUCAAGUCUGUCGAUCUUACGUAGAAUAUUCAGAAUCGUUAGACGUGGUAUUCAACGAAUUUUCAUCGUUUUUUCUUGACAGAAACGUUCCCAACUUUUGCGAAACGCGUAGCACAUUCUUCCGUCGGUCGAUCGGGAUCAACAAUCCGGAUUGCAAACCGUAUAUAAGCGCUUUUUGCAGUUCUUGCACACAAAAUUUCGC